AUGCCGCUCUUUCUCGGCGUCAUGAGGAUGGUCACGAACGACAUCAUUUCUAUGACGAUGCUGGCGAUGUGCCGGGUUCGGGGUCGGUUGCCGCAAGGACGCGCGGCGAGGCCGUAUCACUGGCACACCCUCCGCCCGGCGGCGGUGGCAGUUGUGGCGAAGAUCGUUGUGGUCGAUGGCCUGAGGGCGCUGGUGUGGUGGGUGUCAGAGCAAGUUGCGGCGAACUUUGUGUCUGGCUGGAGGGAGGUCUUCUGCUGGUCGGUCGUGCUAGGUUCCGGGGCCUACAUGCGCUCGUAUACUCUUGACGUCAUGAACAGAGUCACGAAAGGAAUGGUUGCCAUGGGUACGUGGGUAAACUCGACCAGUUUUCACCAGAGGUCUCCAGGGCGCGGGGCGGAGCCACCGCGUUGGCACCCAUUCCGCGCGGCGACGGCCAUAUUCACUGCAGGGUUGGUUGCGAUGAUCGUUGACCGUAUCGCUGAGGCGGGUGGAUGGAGCGCAUCAGUGGUGUGGGCGUCACGCGGGGUCGCCGUGCUUGCGGCUGCAGCGGCAUUGAUGGCCUGGGUGAUGGUGGUGUACGUGGCGGCAGCUGGGAUUUUCUUCGUAUGCACCAACCGCAUGACAUUUCCGAUUCGAAUCCUUGUCCGGAUCUUCGAGCUCCACGACAAGUGGGGAGAACCCAACACCCUUCAGCUUUGCGGGAACAUGAAGCUGGCUCUUCAUGUGGGGCUGCGCCGCAACGUGCUGUGCGACGCGCACGGUACCGACGCGAGCCUGAAGGCCGCGGUCUUCUCGGUACUCUCUCGACUUGAACCUGGCGACGACUACGCGCAGGUUUUGAAGGCGCUCGGAAGCCACUGGGAAGAAGAGGUGCGAGCGCAGGUGGUCAUCGGCACCGCCUGGACGCUCUCCAUCCUUCUCGAUAGAAGCAUUGUCAACCCGGCCAACGUGGAGACAUUCGUGGUUGGCCUCGGCAACGACGAACCAACGGUAGGAGUGCUACAGUAG